AUGCCCACCCUAACAACCACAAUCCCCCUAACCUCCCUAACCUACACCAUCCCCAGCCUCAACCACACAAUCACCCUGCACCUCCCCAACUCCUCAAAACACUCCGCCCAUCUCCCUCCCAACUCAACCCACCGCAUCCUCGAAAUCCCCCUUGGAUCCCACUGGCAACCCGGCGCGCACUGGCACGAGGAACAUACGGAGUACAUAAAAAUCUUGCAAGGGACUGCAAAAGUCUGGAUUAAUGGGCGAGUGAGGGUGCUGGGGGAAGGGGAGGAGGUGGUUUUUGAAAGGAGGGAUGUGCAUAAUUUCUGCAGGGCGGAGAUUGAUGGUGGGGAGGUUUUGGUGGUGGAGGAGUGGACGGAUCGUGAAGACGGCAGCAAGCAAGUCUUCUUUCGCAACGCGUUUUCCCUCGUGCGAGACACAGAGAAACUCGGCGGUCUGCUCUGGGCGUUUUUGAGGUUCUUCUAUCUUUGUUCGUAUAGAGAUAAUCUCCUGGUGUUUGGGCCGCUUUGCCUGCCGUUUUGGGCGCAGAGGUUCGUCACGGGAGUUGUGUUUGGGGUUGUGAGGGUGGUGGGAAGGUUUGCGGGUUGGAGGAGUUGGUAUGAGGAGUAUACGCCUGUUCGGUUAAGGGAGGUGGCGGAGGGGAGGAAGAAGAAUUUGUGA